AUGGCUCAUGCAAUUGUGGGAGCUGCCCUUUGGGGGCUGGGUGAGUCAGGAGCCCGAAGCGGUGGGUGGCGAGGACAACCCGGUGACCCAUGCCUCCUCACCCAUGCAGGGGAGCUGGCGUUGCCCCAGGAGACAACCGUGGAGCUGAGCUGUGGAUUAGGGCCACUGCAAGUGAUCCUGGGCCCGGGCCAGUCUGUGGUGUUGGACUGCAGUCUGGGAGCUGCUGCCUCCGGGCCCCUCAGCAGUGUGACCUGGAGCAAGGAUGGAGCCGCCCUGCCCGAGCACCAGCCUCUGCGCCUGCUGCCCAAUGGCUCCCUGUGGCUGCCCCAGUGGCCAGCACUCAAUGACAGUGAUGAGGUCAUCCCUGCGGCCUCAGGCACCAUCGAGGGCAGCUAUUCCUGCCUGGCCCAUGGCCCCCUGGGAGCGGUAGCCAGCCAGGCUGCUGUGGUCAGGCUCGCCACACUCGCAGGCUUCUCCCUGCACCCGGAGUCUCAGACGGUAGAGGAGAACGGGACUGCUCGCUUUGAAUGCCACAUUGAAGGACUGCCAGCACCAGCCAUUACUUGGGAGAAGAACCAGGUGACAGUACCCGAGGAGCCUCGGCUCAUCACUCUUCCCAACGGCGUCCUCCAGAUCCUGGACGUCCAGGAGAGCGACACCGGCACCUACCGUUGCGUGGCCACCAACUCAGCCCGUCAGCGCCUCAGCCGGGAGGCCGUGCUCCGAGUGGCCCCUCGAGGGUCCCUGGCAUCUACCAGGGAGCUGGACGUGGUCAUCGUAGCAGCCCCAGAGAACACCACAGUGGUGUCCGGUCAGAGUGUGGUGAUGGAAUGUGUGGCCUCGGCUGAUCCCACCCCUUUUGUGUCCUGGGUCCGACAGGAUGGGAAGCCCAUCUCCACGGAUGUCAUCGUUCUGGGCCGCACCAACCUACUGAUCGCCAGUGCGCAGCCCCGGCACUCAGGUGUCUACGUCUGCCGCGCCAACAAGCCCCGCACCCGAGACUUCGCCACGGCAGCAGCUGAGCUCCGCGUGCUGGGCUUGGACAAUGUGGAGUACCAGUUUGCAGUGAACAAUGACACCACAGAGCUACAAGUUCGAGACCUGGAGCCCGACACUGACUACGAGUUCUAUGUAGUGGCCUACUCCCAGCUGGGGGCCAGCCGCACCUCCGCCCCCGCUCUGGUCCACACGCUGGAUGACGUCCCCAGCGCAGCGCCCCAGCUCUCCCUGUCCAGCCCCAGCCCUUCGGACAUCAGGGUGGCAUGGCCGCCGCUGCCUCCUGGCCUGAGCAAUGGGCGCGUGGUGAAGUACAAGAUCGAGUAUGGUUUGGGCAAGGAAGAUCAGAUUUUCUCCGCCGAGGUGCCGGGGAACGAGACACAGCUUGUGCUGAAUUCACUCCAGCCUAACAGAGUGUAUCGAGUCCGGAUCUCAGCGGGGACAGGUGCAGGCUAUGGGGCGCCCUCUCAGUGGACUCAGCACAGGACGCCGAGUACGCACAGCCAGAGUCACGUCCCCUUCGCCCCUGCAGAGUUGAAGGUACGGGCAAGGAUGGAGUCCCUGGUGGUGUCCUGGCAGCCACCUCCCCAGCCUGCCCAGAUCUCUGGCUACAAACUCUACUGGCGAGAAGUGGGGGCUGAGGAGGAAGCCCAUGGCGAGAGCCCCCCAGUGGGCCGUGGAGACCAGGCUUGGGACGUGGGGCCUGUCCGGCUCAAGAAGAAAGUGAAGCAGUAUGAGCUGACCCAGUUAGUUCCUGGCCGCCUGUAUGAGGUAAAGCUGGUGGCAUUCAACAAACGCGAGGACGGCUACGCGGCAGUGUGGAAGGGCAAGACCGAGAAGGCCCCCACCCCAGACCUGCCCGUCCAGAAGGGGCCGCCCUUGCCGCCUGCCCACGUCCAUGCAGAAUCCAACAGCUCCACGUCCAUCUGGCUUCGCUGGAAAAAGCCGGACUUCACCACCAUCAAGAUUGUCAACUACACCGUGCGCUUCAGCCCCUGGGGGCUCCGGAAUGCCUCCCUGGUCACCUAUUACACCAGCUCUGGGGAAGAUAUUCUCAUUGGUGGGCUGAAGCCAUUCACCAAAUACGAGUUCGCGGUGCAGUCCCAUGGCGUGGACAUGGAUGGGCCUUUUGGCUCUGUGGUGGCGCGCUCCACCCUGCCCGACCGGCCCUCAACACCCCCCUCAGACCUGCGCCUGAGCCCCCUGACACCAUCCACUGUCCAGCUGCACUGGUGCCCCCCGACGGAGCCCAACGGGGAGAUCGAAUUAGACUUUCAGGAUGCUGAUAGCAGCACAUUCAGCCACAUUUGGGGCCCUGACUCCCUGGACGUGCACUCAGUCACGGGCAUCAUCGUGGGUGUCUGUCUGGGCCUCCUCUGCCUCCUGGCCUGCAUGUGUGCCGGCCUGCGCCGCAGCCCCCACAGGGAGGCCCUGCCAGGCCUGUCCUCCACCACCACGGCAGGGAACCCAGCGCUGUAUUCCAGAGCCGGCCUCGGCCCUCCCAGCCCCCCAGCUGCCCAUGAGCUGGAGUCACUUGUCCAUCCCCGUCCUCAAGACUGGUCCCCACCACCUUCAGACAUCGAGGACAGAGCUGAAGUGCACAGCCUCACGGGUGGCAGUGUUUCGGACUGCCGGGCUCACUCCAAGAGAAAGAUUUCUUGGGGUCAGCCUGGAGGGCCGCGCUGGGCAGGGUCCUGGGCAGGCUGUGACCUACCCCAGGCGGGCCCCAUGCCCUCUCUGACUCGAGCCCUCUUGCCCCCUGCCGGAACUGGGCAGACGUUAUUGCUGCAGGCUCUGGUCUACGAUGCCAUCCAGGGAAAUGGAAGGAAGAAGCCACCCUCCGUCUACAGGAACCAGGUGGAAGCGGAAGUCAUCGUGCACUCUGACUUCAGUGCGUCCAAAGGGAAUCCAGAGCUCCAGCUUCAAGACUUGGAACCUGAGGCUGCCCUGCCUCUGGACCCUCCUAGUCUCACCUCGGGGGUCUCAGGUCUGCGGCAAGCAGCAGACUGGCUGGACCAGGAGCAGGGAGGCUGUGAGCAGGCAGCUAUUGGGUCAGACAGACUUACCUGCCUGCCAGAGGCAGCCACUGCCUCCUGCCUCUACCCAGAAUUCCCUGCCAGUGCAGCUCUGGAGGAUGCUCCUGGGAACAGCUGUCCCCUGAAGACCCCUUGUCCUCCAGCAGCCAGCCCAGCCCUGCCCAGAGCCCCGGUCUCGUCCUCUGCUUAGCUCUGCAGUUUGGAGCAGGCUGGUGUGGACCAGGGGAAAUGGCAUCAGUAGCCACACUUGGCACAUGUGUCCCUGUAGAUGCUAACCCUUUGGAGUCUUCUGGGGCACUUGACUGUGAGGAGAAGAAGAUAUGGAUCUUUUACACCUGCCACAGUCUUUGCUAUCUUAUGUGACAUGAGACAUAGCUAUAUGUGAUGUGCACACGUGUAGGGCACGUGUGCUGGCUUGUGAGCUGUGGAGCCUGGGCCCAAGCACUGGCCACUUGGGCCUAAUUGAUGCUCGGGUCAGGACACGGUCCAGAGGAGACAGCCCCAGCCCAGCCCCCCGCCCCUACCCCACCCCACAUCCAUUGAGGAACCUUGUAUUACACAC